AUGUCUAAUAAAAUGAAAAGUCCUGGUACUCCUAAAAGAUCAAAAGGGAGGGAAUUUAAGCCUCGAGAACCUUACACCCUCCGUUUACGUAAAAUUCUUGAAGAAUAUCCCGAUGGUUCACAAGUUCUUCGUGAAAUUCUCCAAAAUUCUGACGAUGCAAAAAGCACUGAACAAGUUUUCAUUUUGGAUCAUAAUACUUAUCCUUCGAAUAGUGUAUUUGAACCGGAUCUGGAGGAUAAUUAUCAAAGAACAAAUUUGAAACUUGAUAGAUAUCAAGGUCCUGCACUAUUAUCAAAAAAUAAUACCAUUUUUGAAGAAAGGGAUUUUCAAUCUCUAUUGAAAUUGGCUAAUAGUGAAAAACGCGAUCAAUUUGAUAAGAUCGGAGUGAUGGGCGUCGGCUUCAAUUCAAUUUAUCAUAUUACGGAUUCUCCAUCUUUCAUUACCGGUGAUAAAUACGUGAUUCUUGAUCCACAUGAAUGGUACUUUGAAGGUGGUGUUCAAUUCGACUUUGUCGAAGAAGAUUUGGCGAAGGAAUAUCCUCAUCAAUUUGCUCCUUUCAGAAUCCCGUGCGAUAAACCAUUUAAAGGCACUUUAUUUCGUUAUCCUCUUCGGACUACUGAAGAUUCUAUUGAUUCGAACAUUUCUAAAAAAGUUUAUAAACCUGACGAGAUUUUAGAAAUGUUUAACAAAUUUUACGAGAAUGAAAGUAUUAAUUGCCUACUAUUUCUGAAAUAUAUCGAAUGUAUUUCGUUUUAUGAAUUGAAAGUAGGUGCUACUGAACCUAAUUUACUAUAUACGAUCCGAUUGGAAAAUGCUAACAGAGUUCGAGAGCAACGUCAUUUGAUAGUAAAGAAAAUCGUAUCAAUGAUGGAUUCGUUAAAAUCAAAAAAACUUUGUAAAAGUAAUCAAUCACAUACAACUUACGUUGCUUCGUUCUCUCGGCAGAAAGGCGAUUCUAUGGAGAAUAGAGAGGUUAGCUCGUGGUUGAUUUUGAAUUAUCUCGAUGAUAUAUAUCAAGUUGAAGCAUAUUUCCAAGAGAAAUUCAAUAAGGAUAUAGGAGAAUACAAGUUUAUUCCUAAUGUUGGACUAGCUGUCCCUUUGAAUUGGUUAAACAUUAUGGGAAGAUUAUUUUGCUUCUUACCUCUUCCGGUAUCUAUGCCCUUUCAAGUCUCUGUGAAUGGAUAUUUCGCGGUUAGCACUAAUCGACGUUCUUUAUGGUCAGCAGCAGAUAAUGAAGACCUGGCGGCUGAUGCAUUGGCGCGUCUUAAAGUUACUUGGAACCGUUAUUUAUUUGAAAAUAUUUUACCAAAGGCUUGGGCGGAAUUUCUUCGUGAAAUUCCAUUAAAAGUCAUCGAUAUAAAUCCAGAUAAUUUGUAUAGAUUCUGGCCAAUAAUCGAAAGUAAUUCAACAGUUAAUAUAUCUACAUUUUGCAAGGAUCUUUUGCAAAAUGUCAUAAAUUGUCUCGGCGUCGAAGAUCGUGUAUUUAAAGGUCCUUCUUCAUCAAGCCCCAUUGGAAAAGUUGCUAAUAUACCAGCAAAAUCAUAUCUUAAGUCAUCGCUUCAAGAAUUUCAUUGGCUAUCUUUGUCCAAUGGUUAUUUUGAAGAUCCGAGAUCGAAUUACGGUUUAUCUAAAAUACUCGGAAAGAUUGGUUUCCCUGUAAUAUUAGUUUCGCAUGAUAUCAUUAAAGCAUUAAAAGAUUCUAAUCACGAAGGUUCUCUUAGAUAUUUUUCUCCUGCCAUUAUUCGCACUUAUUUAAACCAAAAUCGUAAUAGAUGGAAUGAUACACAAGAUAACAAUACAACCUUGACAAUAUCGAGAAAAGAAAUACUUCAGUUAUUUGGUUACAUCUUAAAAGACAAAAAAUUCAAUGAAUUAGAAGGUUUCAAAAUGAUCCCGCUCGCGGAUGGUACGCUUGGUACUUUAUCACUUUCCAGCAAUUCUCACGUGUACAUUUGUCCACGCGAUGACUACAAAAAUCAUGAACUCGAUAUCUUCAAAGAUCAAUUGGACAAUUUCAUUGACAAAUCAAUUGAUUUCGGAUUAUACCAAAGUUUGUAUGAGUUUGCAAAAGCUGGAUGGAAUCUAAACAUUAAAGUCUUGGACGAAGUUGCUGUUGCAAAUAUGAUUAGAUUCUCAUUGAAAUUGAGUAUCGUUGAUCGUAACUGGAAUUUGAUCGGAAUUAUUAAAAAGUCUUUAUCAAACUCUGAAGAGAUACAAAUGUCUGAUCAUCGUGAAUGGGUUUAUAAGUUAUGGGAUAACUUAAAGUAUAGAAAUUGGGAUUUAACAAAGUUUGAAGAUAUUCCUUUAUUACCGACAAGCCGCUCUACUCUCAGAAAGCUAAAUACUCCUAAAAAAAUCUUUUCUAAUCAAACAAGCAAGAAUAUUUCUACUAAUUUAAGUUCUAUUUUCGAAAAAUUUGGUGCUGUUUUUGUGGAAGAUGAAUUUGACCGUAGUGAAGUUUCUAAAUGGGCCAAAGUAACUCGAUAUAUUAUUAGGCCUGAUGAUAUUUUAUCAGUUCUAAAUUCUUUACGAACCGAUUCUUCUUACCCAAAAAAUUUGAAUCACGAAUUGAAAAUCCAUGAAGCGUCAACGCUCGUUGAUCACUUAUCAAAUCACUUACGACUUGCCAAUAAGUAUCACUUUAAUUCGAACCAUAUUGAAAUCAUUAAGCAUCUUCCAAUUUUUAUAGAAGUUGAUCAUACUUAUUCAAUCCCAUUAUUACCUGCAAAGAAAAGUUGGUAUCUUCUACCUAAAAGUGAUGAAAAUACAUAUGGAAAAGUUAUUUAUCCAAGCAACAUGGGGGGAUUUCUAAGUACAAGCUCACAAAAUUUAUCUUACAUAUUGGAAGAUAUAAUUAAGAUUCCGCGAUUAAAUUCAUAUGAAUAUUGGAAAGAUUAUGUAAUUCCAUUCCUUUAUUUGCAGCAGCAGACUGACUUAGAUAUAGUAAUUGACAAACUUUUUGAUAAAUUACCUUUCUUACUUGAUCAUGAUUCAAACUUGAAGGAUGUUCUUGGAAGAACUUCUUUUGUACCUGUUGGCACAUUAAAAAUGUCACUUCAGCAGCAAAUGCCUGAUAACAUAAAAUUAGCUAAACCAACAGAAUUAUUUGAUCCAGAAGAAAGGGAAAUAACUGGUCUAUUUUUUGAGGAAGAACAAGUCUUUCCUGCUGGGAAAUAUGGCGUCCCAAAGGCCUCGGCUUCCAACAAGUUCUUUUCGAAUUUAAAAUUAUUAGGGAUGAGAUCAAUUCUUUCUCCAGAUGAUGUUAAUUCUCGAAUCAAUUCUAUUGUCAAAAAAAGAAAGAUACCUGAUGUUCGCGAAUAUUUAAUUCACGCAAAAGCGUUUAAGAUUUUUAAAUAUAUUGAUGACAAGUGGGAUACGUUUGUUAUACAAAAUCGAAAUACUCGUGAGACAAAAGUUAACGAUGCACUGAAGACUAUUCUAGAAACAGAAUGGAUUCCUACCGUUGACGCUUCUGAGAAGAAAAUUUUCUCAAAGCGUCAAAAUUGUUAUAGUCAAAAAGAUAAAUAUUUAGUUUGUCUGGUUACUCCACUACUUGAAUAUAAAGUUAAGAACAAGAGAUUUUUAAAAUAUUUGAAAUGGGAUACAUAUCCCGAAGUGAAAACGGUGCUAAAGCAGUUGGAGUUUUGUCAAGUUAGUUUGUCUAACAAGCAACCACCUGAGCAUUUGGAAAUGAUUUGUAACGCGAUUUACAAAUAUAUCAAUGAUGCUCUUCGAGCAAACGAUGAGACUUCUAUGAAAGAAGCCGAUUUCAUGAAGAAAUGUUUGAAAAAUCAUCCGUGGAUUUUAUGCAGAAAUACAUUACAUCCAACUGAUAAAGUUGUCUUUAGUCUUCCAAUUGAAUUUCAAAAUAAUAAUUCCUCAUUCGUUGAACUUCCUGAAGGAUAUAAAAGUGAUUUUUGGUACUUAUUCAAAGAAAUGGGAGUUCGAAAUGAGCUUGAAAUCAAGGAUUUGAUUACAAUUAUUAGUAAUAUGGGUCAUUAA